CUCUCACGUCCAGCUCGACUGAAAUUCCCAGCGCCCCCAAAUAUGUCCACGAAUUCUACAGUCGCUGCCCUACCCGACGGGCCUGACUACAUCCGCGUUGGAGUGUGCCUGUACGGCUCGUCGAAAAACGACCCCAUCUCUGAUGACCGCUUCGGCGACGACAGACGGCGCGUUGAGAUCGAGUUUCGACUGAAGCUACCGCGUCCAGACCUGCCACCCACCGAUAUCCGACGCUACGCAACCGACUUCAUCAACCUGUACUACCCCAGCCUCAAGCAUACGCAGAAAUGGUAUUGCGAGUUUUGUGACCAGCCCGCACGGAUGUCACAGCAGGACGUGACUUCCGCAUGCUCCAAUACACCUCCGUUCGUUCAGAUCUGGUAUCACUUUGUUUGCGACCCAAGGGCCGGUCCGUGCGCGGACGCACUCCGUGCCGUCCAGCUACUGUUUGCGCGCCAGACAGGCUCCCCGACGCCGCGCCGCCUUCGUUGGCGGGAAGAUCCGCUCGAUUUCCCGCCGAUGGCCGCCUGCGCAGGCUGUGAGCGCGAGGAGACGGCGGAUAUGCCCACAUUGAAGUGCAGCGGGUGCGAUCUCACCAGAUACUGCUCCGCUACCUGCCAGAGAGAACACUGGCCAGAGCACAAAGUGCUAUGCAAGACCCCCAAGAAGGUCAAGUGGGUAUGGCCGUGAAGAUGCGUUGUUCACGAAUACCGGCCGCGUUCGUCGGCCUCUUCUCUCGAAACCCCCGCAGCCAGUGCCCAAUGUUCAACGUUCAACGCUCAUCUUGGAAGCCCUGGUCCACGGUCAAUAUACAACAUCAGCCAUGGCGAUGUCGUGUACCUGAAGAUUUUUUGAUGGACGCCUCCGUAUUACCAAGUGUAUUGUAAUAUACUUCGCCGGGUACUUACUACUGGCGCGUGCUUCGUAUUGCUGCUAUCUCACUGCCUGUAGCUCACUUCCAUUCGAGACAGACUGUAAUUUGUGAUGCAUUCUAAUCAUGUUCAAUUCAUGAUCUUGUAG